UCAAAUCAAAGAAUAAUAUCGUAGGACGCCGUUGUAGUUUGUGGUGAAUAUUGAAAUAUAGGCUAAUGUAUUUAAGAAAAACUAUUUCGUGAUUAAAAAAAUUAAUCAACAUGAACUUAUCGGACAACGAGGCUGACGACACAUCUAGCGUAGACAGCACAUCAAACACAGACAAUACUUCAAGAAGUGAGACUCCUACAAACACUCGUGCCAAGAAACGAAGACGCGGUAAAAAGAAAACUGCCACAAAACCUGUGAAACCACCAUACAAGUUCAAUUGUAGUGCCAAAGAAGACCACGGUCAACCACUAUUUGGUUGCCAAUUCAACCACCACUUGGGAGAGGAUGAGCCGCAGGUUUUUGCAGUGGUGGGCAGCAACAGAGUCUCCAUAUACGAGUGUCCGGAGGCUGGGGGAUUUAAACUGCUUCAGUGCUAUGCAGAUCCAGAUGUGGACGAAACAUUCUACACAUGUGCUUGGUCUUACGAAGAGGAAACAGGGUUACCACUGCUGGCAGUGGCGGGGUCGCGCGGCGUCGUACGUGUCUUCAAGCCCUCCACGCACACAUGCAUAAAGCAUUAUAUUGGCCAUGGACAUGCCAUCAAUGAGGUCAAGUUCCACCCGAAGGACCCUAACCUGCUACUUUCUGCUAGCAAGGACCACGCCCUCAGACUAUGGAACAUCAUGACUGACGUAUGCAUCGCGAUCUUCGGCGGCGUGGAAGGCCAUCGCGACGAGGUCCUCAGCGCAGACUUCGACCUGAAGGGCGAACGGAUCAUGUCUUGCGGCAUGGACCACUCGCUCAAGCUCUGGCGCCUUGACAAACCGUCCAUGCAUGAGGCUAUCAAGCAGAGCUACUCCUUUAACCCGCAUCGUGCCCUCAGACCAUUCAAUUCACUGAAAGAACACUUUCCCGAUUUCUCAACUAGGGACAUACACAGAAAUUAUGUGGAUUGCGUCAGAUGGAUGGGUGAUCUGAUUUUGUCAAAGUCAUGCGAGAACGCGAUAAUCUGCUGGAAGCCCGGCCGCCUGGAGGACGCCGAGCCACGGCCAGGCGACAGCUCAGUCACGCUUGUGCAUCGCUUCGACUACAAGGAGUGCGAGAUCUGGUUUAUACGCUUUGCAGUAGACUACAGCCAACGGGUGAUUGCACUCGGAAACCAGUGUGGAAAGACCAUGGUGUGGGAGCUCGGCAACGUGGCAGGCGGGUCGCGAGUGGCGCAAUUACAACACCCGCGGUGCGUGGCCGCCGUGCGACAGGUAACGUUAUCACGCAACGGCAAAGUGUUGCUGGCUUGUUGCGACGACGGGACCAUUUGGCGUUGGGAUCGCGUCAACAACACCAAUAACUGAGCGGUUUGUUCUUCGCGACCGAGCGCGAUCCCGACUGCAUCAGCUGAGCUGAUCUUAAGAUUUCUCGAAAUUCUGUUGACAUUGUUGCUAAAGACUUUGACAUUUUGUGAUACAAUAAAAUUGGACUUUGUUAGUCAAA